CCCCCGGGUGUGCGCAUCCCUUCGGCCGAGCCGUGCACGGAGCUGCCCCAGGUGUGCGCAUCCCUUCGGCCGAGCCGUGCACGGAGCUUCCCCAGGUGUGCGCAUCCCUUCGGCCGAACGAUGCACGGAGCUGCCCCCGGGUGUGCGCAUCCCUUCGGCCGAACGAUGCACGGAGCUGCCCCCGGGUGCGUGCAUCCCUUCGGCCGAGCGAUGCACGGAGCUGCCCCCGGGUGUGCACAUCCCUUCGGCCGAGCGAUGCACGAAGCGGCCCUCGGGUGUGCGCAUCCCUUCGGCCGAGCCGUGCACGGAGCUGCCCCAGGUGUGCGCAUCCCUUCGGCCGAGCCGUGCACGGAGGUGCCCUCGGGUGUGCGCAUCCCUUCGGCCGACCGAUGCACGGAGCUUCCCCAGGUGUGCGCAUCCCUUCGGCCGAACGAUGCACGGAGCUGCCCCCGGGUGUGCGCAUCCCUUCGGCCGAACGAUGCACGGAGCUGCCCCCGGGUGCGUGCAUCCCUUCGGCCGAGCGAUGCACGGAGCUGCCCCCGGGUGUGCACAUCCCUUCGGCCGAGCGAUGCACGAAGCGGCCCUCGGGUGUGCGCAUCCCUUCGGCCAAGCCGUGCACGGAGCUGCCCCCGGGUGUGCGCAUCCCUUCGGCCGAGCGAUGCACGGAGCUUCCCCAGGUGUGCGCAUCCCUUCGGCCGAGCGAUGCACGGAGCUGCCCCCGGGUGUGUGCAUCCCUUCGGCCGAACGAUGCACGGAGCUGCCCCCGGGUGUGUGCAUCCCUUCGGCCGAACGAUGCACGGAGCUGCCCCCGGGUGCGUGCAUCCCUUCGGCCGAGCGAUGCACGGAGCUGCCCCCGGGUGUGCGCAUCCCUUCGGCCGAGCGAUGCACGAAGCGGCCCUCGGGUGUGCGCAUCCCUUCGGCCAAGCCGUGCACGGAGCUGCCCCCGGGUGUGCGCAUCCCUUCGGCCGAGCGAUGCACGGAGCUUCCCCGAGUUUGUGCAUCGCUUUCGCUGCUGCCCGCAGUGAGCAGGGGCUGCAGGGAUGGGUCCGGCUCCGUGCAGGAAGCAGGAGCGCGGUUGGUGGCGGUCGUGCAGCCGUACCGCGGACCUCAAGAUCCUCCAGCUUCUGCUCGUCGCUUCUUUUUAAUUUGUUGCAAUUCCUUUGAACUGAAUACACAGAAAAAGCUUGAUCCGGGCUAUUGGAGGCUCAGCACAUAAGGCAGUUUUACUUUGUUUUUGUCUUGACUUUUAAAAGUCACAGACUGAACCAGGUGAGUUGUAAUGAAGAUGGGUAAGGACAUCUUAAAAUGCAACACUUCUUUCAAAAACCCUAACUUAUAAAUGUGUUAUGUAUAAGUAGAUGUCAUGCUCAAAGCAUAUGAUCCUAAGCCCCAAAGGAUCCCUAGGGGAAUGCACUGUUUUCCACAAAGGUGAAUGUGGGAGAAUCUAAGCCAGCCUAAGAAAAUAUUUUGCUUUAUUCUCAAUAGAAAGGAUUAAUUUUUUUACAUUUAAAGUUGCGAAUCAAUUUCUGUUACCAAUAUCCUGAGUAUCUAGCCAAUAUGGGUUUUUUAUAUCCAUGCAAGUCCUAUAGCUUUGGAAGAGUAACACAGAAUGUUCACAGUACAGUUUUCAACAUGAUUUUGCAAAAGCUAUUGGUUCUUCUUCCCUUGUUGGGAGAUGGGAUUGUUUGCUACUUACUUUGACAGAGAAAAUUUGUAGCCAGCAAAUUCAUUACCAGCUGUGAGGUCUUAUAUUUGAAAGAGAACAACUUAUAGAUAUCUAAAAGCUCAAAUUUAGUGGCCAGACUCAAACUGAUGGUUGUGGUCUAGACAGCAGCAAUAAGGAGGCUAAUCUUUAGUUGUUUUUCUUGCACUGUCAUCAAAAGUGACAUCAGUAGUGCUGGUCAGACCUGGAGUUUCAUUUCCCAUCUUAAACAACACCAUACUUGAAGAGAACCUGUCAAAAGCAAGUCAGUAAUAAUUUUUGCUGACAGAAGACGUAAGGGUCGGGUGUUUCAGCCCUGAUUAUCACUUAUUUCCAGUGACAUCACACUCUGUGGCUUUCACUUAGUCUGACUUUUAUCUAUAGUUAUUCUUCAACUUAGAGUUCAUUAAUCUAAAUACCAAUUUUCUAUAGCUGUUUAAAUUGCUGUGUCCUGUGUUACUCAAAUACAUAAGUAGAAAAAAGUAGCUUUAAGGCAUUUGUGGUGUUUAUUUCUU